UAAAAAUGAAAAGAACGAGUACUUCGAUAAUUAUAAUACGAUUGUUGAUUUGUACGGUGAUAUUCGUUCCACCGUGUUGCACGGAAAACUGGUACCUAGAACUCGAUAUCUCUGAUGUAAACCAAGAGAUUCAAAAAGUUGUUGAAAUAAUUGAAAACAGGUAUCGUUCUGAGGAUAUUAUAUUAUCAAAUAUUAGUCGUUUGAUUAUUGGAAGCCCGGUUUAUGGACAAAUGAUCGAUUCUAUGCCUUCCAAAGAGGGACAUUCGGGGUCUCGAAAUGCUGAAAUUAUAUAUGAAGUUACACGAAGUUUGAAGAAUACAUAUUGUCUAAGUUACGGGCUAAGUGAUAUACAAUGUGCCAAAGAUUUAACGAAGGUGAAUCUGACCGGGACAACAUUGGGUGAGAUGUGUAUGGCCGAGUAUCAUAACAACAAUUAUUCGUGCAUCGGGAAGGACUUUGACUAUCGUAGUCUUGACGGGUCUUGUAACAACCUGAAACGUAAAUAUUUGGGAAAGGCAAACACUCCUUAUAAACGUUUGCUGUUUCCAGUCUACAAAGAUGGUGUUUACGAAAUGCCCAAUAUUAACGAUGAAAUGCUGCCCAAUCCUAGAUUAGUGAGCACAAAUCUUGUAAAAGACGAAGACUCUCCCGACCAAACAAAAACGAUGAUGAUGGCGUACUGGUCGAUAUUCAUAGGCCACGAUCUCUCACACACGACAGUUUCUACAAUUGGGAAAGAGAACAGGUUUGUAAAUUGUUGUGAUAAGGACAAAAGUAUUCAAUAUUCACUGAACAAAAAUAUAAGAUCCUGCAAGCCCAUAUUUAUACCGGAUGAAGAUAGGUUUUUUAAACCGGAUCCGUUUGAUUACAUGAACUGCAUGAACUACGUGCGUUCUCGGCCAGCGGUGCGUUCUGAUUGUACAUUUGGACCCAUGGAACAAAUGAACCAAGCUACCCAUUAUUUAGACGCAUCGAUGAUUUACGGUACGACGGAACAACAGACGUUGUCGUUGAGACAAAUGUCGCUCGGUAAACUAUUGGUACAAAAAAAGCGUUUUAUCAUACCAAGUUGGGAUAUCAUGCCCCUGGAAACCACUGAUACGAACGUUUGCCAGAACGGCCCCGGUACGUGCUUUCGGGCUGGUGACAUUAGAGCAAACGCGUUACCACAACUGAAUGCCGUGCACACACUGUGGGUAAGGGAACACAACCGGGUAGCCGGAGAACUGUAUAAAGAAAAAAUCUUCUUGACUGAUGAAGAACUUUUCCAAGAGGCAAAGAAAAUCGUGACGGCUUGCAUACAGCACAUCACGUACAACGAAUGGCUGCCGGCACUGCUUGGCGUUAACUACACCAAGGAAAACGGUUUGGGACUGGGGCAACGAACCACUUACGACGAGACUGCUGACCCGACAGUUAGCAAUAGUUUCGCGACCGCAAUACUGCCAUUCGCCAAUUCCAUGAUCAGCGAUUCGAUUAGAAUAACCGACACUUACUUAUAUCCCCCGGGACAACCUACCUUAAAGGAACAUUACAACAAACCACUUAUAUUGGGCAGUCUUGUUACCCACGUUAUAAAUGAUAUGCUAAUCGGACUAACUAUGCAGGCUACACAAAAAGUCGAUAUGCUGUUUACACAAUCGAUUACAAAUUACUUAUAUAGUAUUGAUCCAAAUGAUUCGUUUGGAAUGGACAUUCUCAGCUUGGAUAUACAACGAAGCCGCGAUCACGGUAUUCCAAGUUACACGCAAUUUAGAAAAUAUUGUGGACUUACAGACAUAGAAAACGUGCAAGAUUUGUCUGAGAUCAUGGUGGAAGGUUCAGCUGAUAAAUUAUUGAAGCUAUACAAAACUUGGAAUGAUAUAGAUCUAUUGGUUGGUGCAUUGUUGGAGAAACACGUUGACGACGCAAUGGUUGGCCCUACGAUGAGGUGUAUUAUCAAGGAACAAUUUGUAAGAACAAGAAUUGCAGAUAGAUUUUUUUAUGACGUACCAGGAGUAUUUUCUGAUUAUCAACUGGAGAAUAUAAGAAAAGUGACGCUUGCCAGAGUUUUAUGUGAUAACGCUGAUAUUGAAUUAAUGACACUAGAAGUCUUUUCGAGACCGGCGGUAUAUGAUCAUUCAGUUCAUGGUUGUAUAUCAACAUUAAUUCCAAAUAUGAAAUUUAUUGGUUGGUUUGAUAAAUUGGAAGACAAUUUUUUUGGUAUAAAAUAACACUAAAAAUCAAUUAGACUCAUUUGAAUAUCAAUUUUUUUUUUGAUAAUAUAGUACUGAUCUGAACAA